UUAUAAACAUGUUGCUAGGUUACCAAAUUAUACCGGAAGACCAUAACUUCUCCGUAAAGGUAUUAUUUUAAGCUAUACUACGGCUAUUACUGAUUCGCUUUUUGUUAGUAAAGGGUGAGACAUUCCGGAGACCCGUCAUUCGAAUUCACUCACAGCAGUGUACGGCUGUUCAGUGUUCUGUUACCAGAGGAGAUUUUUUUAUAUGUGUGACGAUGGUAAUGUAGUCAACGAAGGAAAGAUAAUGGAUCGAUAAUCUGAUUGAUGACGUGAAUUAAUAUGACCGCAGUCUUUCUGAAGCAGUGUAUCAACUUACAUACAUAACACGACCGAGAUACCAACGCAAAUAUGUUUGAUACCACUCGUAAAGAAGACAAUGCAGGCUUGAUUACCAGAAUGGCAUCGGGUUUAGGAAGCAACAAAUAUGGUGCCGUAAAUUACGACGAAUUGCUGUCAGAUGUUCUGGAAAAGAAACUUGCCGCAAACGGUUCCCUCAUCCACAUGCAACGUUUGAAGCACAAGAAUCUGCAGACCAAGGAAGUCAACACGAACCGACAGCAUCAACUGGCAUGGAACAAAGAAUUACUGAAACUAAAAGAUCAGCGUCAUUCUGUAGAAACGGAUUUAGCACGUCUGAUCACAGAGAACUUACAAGAUUCUUCGCCAACACAAUUCGUUUACAAAGAAAUUGAAAACAUCAAAUCGGAAUACAACAAAGGAAUGGUAACUUUUAAAGACCAAACAGUGACACCAGUAUGGAAUUUAUAUGAAGACCUGAAAGUUUGGUUGCGCGAAAAUGUAACUGGCCCCAUUAACAAAACGAAAACGAGGUCAGUGCAGAAGAACGCCAGGGAAAUUAGAGACGUUAUUUCAUCAGUGAAAGAGCAGCAACAAGCGAUUCUGUACAAACUUGACAUGGAACAAAGAAGUCUUGAAGACGAAAUUAAUGAUAUCUGUCGCGAAGUCUUUGUGUCUUUAGCAAAUUCAGAUUGCAUUCAGAAACCCGUACAAGGGAUUCCUUGCGAAGCCAUAAAUUUGGAGUGCCCGGAUGAAGAUCUGAAGAGUCGUGUUUUGAAGGAAUUCCUAGUCAUAGAUGAAAAAUACAAUGACAAGUUCCAGAGUCUGAAAGACAGUAACAAGGACAUUUUAAGGCAUGGCGAAUACGGUGGCUGGAGUGAAGCUGAUCAUCGAGAGUUCGUAUCAAUCCUGGACCAGUAUAGUUCAGAUAAUCCGCAAAAGUCAUGGCUGAUCUUCGACCGACUCAUGAAACAGAUGCCACAAAUAUCCAGAAAAGAAUUGAUCCAGCAUCAGAAAUGGUGGAAUUGCUGGCGUUUUUGCCGCGACCACCGCAGCAAUCUCUUUAGAGCGUGGCAUAGGUUAAAGACUGAGCUAUUCCAAAAGACAUGCAUCAUAUUUGCCGAAGUUUGCCUCACUUACGAACUGGACGAAACCCAGAUGAAAAACAAACAAGCACAGAGGGAGCUCUGUGACCAACUGUAUGAGAAAGUAACAUCUUGGCGUGAGAAUAAAUAUGAGCAGAUGUUACUGGAGAUGAAGCUGCUGGAGAAGAAGUCUGAAGAAGUAGCAAGGAAUGAACGGCAGAAAAUGGAGAAGAUGAAACAAAGGAGAGACCAAACCAAGCAGGAGGUAAUUCUAGAAAGGAGGAGAGAAAGGAGAAAAGAAGGCCACGUGUACACUGACGUCAAUUGCAGUUCUUUUCUCUUUUAUCUUUUACUUGUUUCAGUCAUUGCGGUGCAGCAAUGCUGGGGCACCGCGUUGAAGGGUUUCGUCGAACAAUCGACAUCAGCAAUAAAAUAUCGCGAAAUGGAAUGGUUGAAGAAAAUUCAAGAACUGCAAGAGAAAAAACUAUUGAAAGAAAAUGAAGAAACUGAAAGGCUCUUAAGACUGGAAAUUCUACGAGAAAAAGUUCAAGUGGUUGCAGAAAGAGACCCAGUUCGGUUAUUGAAUGAAACCAAGACAUCCGAUCCACGCUUUCGUUUGGAAGAGAAGCUGCGAGAUGCCGGACUUUUGACAUCCGAGUACGCACGGACCGCACUGAAGAGCAUGGCUCCGUCACAGGCACCGCGUCCUGACAUGCUCUCAACACUGAAUACACUGGAUUAACCUUUCAUUUUUUUUUUCUCUCUAUCACUCUUUCUACCUCUUUACUCACAC